CUCGGCUCCUCCUCGGUCUUCCAAGAGCGGAUCGCUGCUCCUCACUGAAACAAUUGUCCUUUCAACAUUUUCUCAUACAAACAAUGCCAUUUAUAUUUCGAGCGCAUUUGGGUUACAAUACAAAGGCGCUAUUAAAGGCUUUGGAUUGAUUUGAUUUUCAGAAAGCCCUAGAUUGACAUGGCGACGGUGGUGAUGGAGCAGAUCGGUCGCCUGUUCAUCAACGCCCAGCAGCUGAGGCAGAUCCCCCAGCUGCUGGAGUCGGCCUUCCCCACCCUGCCGUGCACCGUCAAGGCCUCCGACGUGCCCUGGGUGUUCAGGGAGCCCCACAUCCUCCACGGCUACCGGCAGCCCGACCAGAGCUGGCGUUACUACUUCCUCACGCUGUUCCAGCGGCACAACGAGGCCCUCAACGUGUGGACCCACCUGCUGGCCGCCCUGAUCAUCCUGGUCAAGUGGCAGGAGCUGUCGGAGACGGUGGACUUCCUGCGCGACGCCCACGCUCAGCCCCUCUUCAUCGUCCUGCUGGCCGCCUUCACCUACCUCACCUGCAGCGCACUCGCCCACCUGCUCUCCGCCAAGUCCGAGCUCUCCCACUACACCUUCUACUUCCUGGACUACGUGGGCGUGGCCGUGUACCAGUACGGCAGCGCCCUGGCCCACUUCUACUACGCCAUCGAGAGGGACUGGCACAGCAGGGUGCGCGGCUUCUUCCUCCCCGCCGCAGCCUUCUUCGCCUGGCUCUCCUGCCUGGGCUGUUGCUACGGGAAGUACUCCAGCCCCGGCAUGCCCAAGUUCGCCCACAAGCUAUUCCAGGUGGUGCCCUCGGGCCUGGCCUACUGCCUGGACAUCAGCCCCGUGCUCCACCGCAUCUACAGCUGCUACCAGACGGGCUGCAGCGACCCGGCCGUGGCGUACCACCGCUACCAGGUGGUGUUCUUCCUGGUCAGCGCCUACUUCUUCUCCUACCCGCACCCGGAGCGGUGGUUCCCGGGCAAGUGCGACUUCUUCGGCCAGGGCCAUCAGAUCUUCCACGUGUUCCUGGUGCUGUGCACGCUGGUUCAGAUCGAGGCGCUGCGCAUAGACUUCAUCGAGCGGCGACCCCUCUACGAGAGUCUCCACGGCGACCUGGCACACGACGCGGUGGCGCUCUUCAUCUUCACAGCCUGCUGCAGCGCGCUCACCGCUUUCAUCGUGCGGAAGCGCGUGCGUUCGUGCCUCCACGAGAAGGGAGAGUAGUGGAGGAAACACGUCUUAUAUAUAUACAUAGAAAAUAUAUAUUUUACAGCCAAGAGACAUUGGGGUGAAGGCAUACAUGUCCACAUUGUGUAACUGUGUUGGUUUUUGGAGGUGACCCCUACUAAUGUGGCUUGGCCAGAAGACAGUGACAGUGCAAAAAGAUAUUACCUGUGUCGUUGUGACCUACUUUACAGUGGGAAUAGUCUUUAGAAGUACAGCCUUUAAACACUACAACAAAUAAGAACAUGUCUUUGCACUUCAAACAUUGGAAUAAUAGUGGUUUUGACUAAGAACUAAAAUUUAUGAUACAAAGAUUAUGUCCACGACCGUUCACAUCCCCAAAAAUGAAUGAUCUUGAAUGUUUCAAAUGCCCCUCACCUCAGCUUUCGCCAACAUGCAACAAUUUAUUUCAGCUUUUUUUUUUACCAAACCCAAAGUUAAGGUAUGAUGAAGUGAAUUAAUUAUGCAGUGAUUAAGCAUUUCCUGAUUAUUUGCAGAAUUUUCUUGACAAAAUUUGACAGCAUUAACUUUAAUAAAACUUUAGCGGCUAUGAAUAUGUUACUCAAUCUGAACUAAUCAAAUUUUUAAAAUGUUAAGAUUAUGGUUCUACAAUGAACAUCUCACUUCGCAGGGGAUGUCUUGUUCUCAUCGUGGUCAACGGAGAGGACAACUUGUUAACUAGUUAAUACCUGAGGGUGUUUAAACUCUACCAACAUACUAAUGGUUUGAAUGUUUCCGGGGAUACUGGGGUAGUGAGUUGGUUAACCAAACCCUGCAACUCCAGUCCAAAAUAACCAUUGUUCUAUGUGGUGAAGUGGCAAACAGUGCAUUUGUGUUAAGAUAUGAGGCUGGAACUCAAUACUGGUUACGAGGAGACGGGUGUCUUUAUGUACCCAAUAUUACUAUAUGUCUGUAGCUGUGACUGUACUCUAUUUUCUAGUUGAAGGGCUGGAACUCAAGCUAUUGCUUUUGUUCACACCCCCUGAUGUCAAUGCCUUUGUGCGUAUUGUUCCAUUGCUUGUUCGGACAUGACUCACUCACCUGUCCAGGAACAGUGUUCUCUGCUCUCUGUGUGUUUGUUUGUUUUUUGAUGUAAGUAUGGGCUUCUGCGCAUGUCUUUGCUGUAUAUAUGUAGGUGUGUGUGAUUCAGAUGUGAAUGUCUAUGAAUGCAUUACACUGCACCGGUUUCUCUUAAGUUACAGAUAGUACACAUCUCUUCCAUACUCCUGCAACACCCAGUGGUCCCUACGCUCUGUUGCACUACUCCGUACAUAAUGCAUUUCAAAACAUGUAUGAUCAGACGUAGGUAUUUUACUGUGUUACUUCCAAAGUCUGUUUUUGUAAUAAGUGCCCAUGUAGCCAUUUCCAAAUGUAACGGUUAUAUGAAGGCCUCAUUUAUUUCUGCUGUUCAAGUCCUUUUCUGUUUUAGAUUCAUGACUUGUUGUUGGCUCAUGCAGAAGAGCCUGAUGAUGAUGUCGCUUACAUUUCUGUCUCAGAUAAAAGAUAAGGGACGGAAGACUAAGCAAGCGCCUGCCAUAUUUCAAAUGACCCAUGCCAACCUAUGUAUGUGCCAAUGAAUCGGUCAAACCUGCGAUGAUGGCACUAGUGACCAAUCAGAAAACUGUAAAACAGGCCUGAAAGAUAUUUAAUGAUGUCCCACAUAAACAGUAUGUUAACAGUACGUUUGACAAAUAUAUGAUUGAUGAGCUUUAAUAUAAAAAAAUAUGAGUCUUCUAACUCUUACUAUUUUCCGUUCUAAAUACUGACUUGUUCUUCAUGCACUGCCUGAUUUGAACAUAGUUUUUUAACAUGGCACUGAUGCUACGUAGCUUUGCCCUCAGCCUACACAGGUAGGCCUGCAGGGAAUGGAAUGUGUGAUAUUUACUGUACUAAUAUUAUGUGGUAUUUAAGUAAAUAAAGUGUUACAGUAAAUCCAG